UAUGUCACGUGUCAAGGGACAACCAACCAACCAACCACUCAGACGGUUUCCUUCGUCCAUGGUUUCCCUGUCCCUGCAGCACAGACGGCGAGUGCUCCUUUACUGAUUUUGAGCUACAUACACCUGGAGUGAAGUUGGAUUAAAAAUAUGGAUGCUGAUUUACGGACACUGGAGGAGAUGGUUAUGAAGUCGGGAGAGGUUACAGCAACAACCACAACCACAGAAACUCCUGUUGUCAAACCUCAGACAUUUGUCGUACCACAGCCGCCACCUGUCCUUCAAUCAUACCAACAUGAAAGCCUGCAGUGUUUCCAGUGUUUCAUAACCUUCUGCAACUCUAAAGCGAAAGAGAGGCACAUGAAAAAGAGCCACCGGGAGGAAUAUAAACAACAGCUUCAGCAGAAUGACACUCUGUUCACCUGUUACGUAUGUGACCGAACAUUCUCAUCCUCGGAGGAUCUCACUCAGCACCAGUCUACGCACAACAAGGAAGACAAGCCCUUCAAAUGUGCACACUGCAAAGAGAGCUUCCGCACCUUCUCUGAGCUGACCAGUCACAAGCGGCAAGUGUGCCCAGAGCGCCAGUUCCAGUGCAAAUACUGCUCGCUGAUGUUCCGCAGCCCGGCCAUGCUGCGCAACCACCGCAUAGCCCUGCACCCGCAGGAGGACCCCGCCGCAGCUGACGCCACCAAGUUCCACCGCUGCCCCAAGUGCAACAGCGGCUUCAGCACCGAGGCUGAGCUCUUACAGCACCAGGAGAACCACGCCGGUAGCCAGAACUGCAACGGGGGCCCACCGGCCAAGAAGGCUGCCCGCGGCAGGCCACCCAAAGCAGACGCCACUGGCGCAGCCGUCGAAGGGGACAAACCGGUGAAGCGGAAGAAGAAGGCGGAGGCCACCGGGGAGGAGGAGGGCAAAGAGGAGGCUCAGGUGCCUAGCCCACAGAAACAGACAAAGCCCAGGAAGAAGAAGGCAGAGGCCGUGCUGGAGGAAGAGAAGGGAGCAGAGCAGGCAGAAACUAAAGAAGCUGCGGCCACAACAACGAAGGCAGCAGGCGCUCCCAAAAGGGGACGGCCGCCCAAGGCCGCCGCCACUAGUGCCAAGGCAGCUGAGGAGAAAAAGUCUCCUCCAAAAAAGCCUCACCCGUGCGGGGACUGUGAGGAGAGCUUUGUUAAGCCGGAGCAGCUGCAGGCCCAUGUGAACCGCGUCCACAAGGCAGGCCGCUUCUCCUGUCCCACCUGUGGCAAGAGCUUUGGGCGCGAGAGCAACCUCAAAGCUCACCAGCAGAGCCACACCAAAGAUGGAGAGGGGGAGGAGAAGAAGAAGAAGGCUACCGGAAGGGGCAAAAGAUAAUUUCUGGGUCAUGUUGGUCAAGUUAGCAACUUGCUUGAUUGUAAUGCAAUUUCCCGUUGACAACCAACUUAGUUGCUAACUUAGAAAACGGGUCGUGGGGGUUGUUGGUGCUUUGGGUGACGAUAAAGGAGACGUCCUCCCACCCCUCUCUUUCUUUAUCCAAGGCCUGUUAUUUUUACUCUCCAUGUAAGUAAAUAUCACAAAGUUAUGUUUUUUUAUGAAUUGAAUGCUUUUCAACCUAUGGUUGUAUUUCAAAAAACAAAACAAAGUUUGCUUCAGGACUGGUAGACCACAGACCCGUGGUUGAUGCCCAUGGCUUGUGCCAUGCAGACUUUUGAAUAUGCCUGUGGAAUGGACUGCUGUGGAAUUGGGGAUACAGACCCGCAUGGCGAAAUAUCACUGGGUCAAAUGUGUGUGCCGCGUUGUCACGUUACAACAAAGUCUGUUUCCUGUUCUAGUUCCAUCAUUGUUAUCACACAUACAAGAUGUGAUAGAAUUUGUCAUUUUAAUUAUGGUUUUUAAUGAUUGCCAUUUUAGUAAGAUGUGUUUUUUAUAAUUAUGUGUAGUGGCGACUAGGGAAUGUUGCCUUUUUGGUUUGUUUGUUUAUUUUGCCUUUUGUAUUACAAUGUCAUCUUGGCAUGGUAAAAAAAAUGGAGAUCUGUCCAGAUGACUGCCUAUUUUUGGAGCCUUUCUUAAAAAGAGUCAAAAACAAAACAAAAAAUAUGUAUAUGGCAUUCACAGAGUGAUGGUUUGAAGUGAUUUUAAUUUGGUGUUUUGUGUUAAUUAACAAACUAAACUAUUUAAUUUGUAUUAACUGAAGAUGCAUCUACAUAAUGGAAUGUUAACUUAACAAUAAGCAUCAUGUUUGGAAAAUAUAUUUUUUUAAAUCUAAUGAGUGAUGCCUAUUCAAAUUUUGGUUUGGCCUCAGAAGGAACAUAAUUGUUGAGGUUUGUUUUAGUUUCGUAUUGUUACUCCCUGUUGUCCUAAUAUUGAAAAAUAGUCUUGGAUUGUAUUUAAGCUGAGGGCCAUGCGUGCCAAAUGCCUCCAAUAUAUUGAUGUUUGGCAUCUAAAAUGUUAGAUUGGUUCUCCUGAUGACACUGUAUGUGUACUUAGUUUUUUCACAGUAUGAACAUGGUAAUUAAUGUCUUAUUAAAAAUGAAACUGCCCAAGGGGCUGCUACUGCA